GGGAGGCCGCCAACGCCGCCGAGGCCUACAGGCUCCUGCGCCGCCGCCGCCGCCGCCGCGGCAGGGACCGAGCCCGAGCCCGAGCCCGGCGCCUACCACCCUCGGGCCGCCGCCGCCGCCAGGCAUCGGCCGCGCUCCGCCAAGCCCGGCUCCCGCCGCCGCCUGCCCCCGUCUCCGGCUUCUCAACCAGGAGGGUCAAGUAGGGAUAUGUCCUCAGCACCAACUACUCCUCCAUCAGUGGAUAAAGUAGACGGAUUUUCUCGGAAGUCCGUCAGAAAAGCCAGACAGAAGAGGUCACAAAGCUCCUCCCAGUUUAGGUCUCAGGGCAAGCCUAUUGAGUUAACUCCCCUGCCUCUGCUAAAAGACGUUCCAUCUUCAGAGCAGCCUGAACUGUUCCUAAAGAAACUUCAACAGUGCUGUGUCAUUUUUGACUUCAUGGACACGCUUUCAGACCUUAAAAUGAAAGAAUACAAGCGCUCCACUCUUAAUGAACUGGUGGACUACAUUACAAUAAGCAGAGGCUGUUUGACAGAGCAGACUUACCCUGAAGUAGUUAGAAUGGUAUCUUGCAAUAUAUUCAGAACUCUCCCACCUAGUGACAGCAAUGAAUUUGAUCCAGAAGAAGAUGAGCCCACCUUGGAGGCAUCGUGGCCACAUUUACAGCUUGUAUAUGAGUUUUUCAUACGAUUUUUGGAAAGCCAAGAAUUCCAGCCCAGCAUUGCCAAAAAGUACAUAGAUCAGAAAUUUGUAUUGCAGCUGUUGGAGCUGUUUGACAGUGAAGACCCUCGAGAACGAGACUACCUAAAAACAGUCUUGCACAGAAUUUAUGGCAAGUUUCUGGGUCUUAGAGCAUUUAUCCGAAAACAGAUAAAUAAUAUUUUUCUACGAUUUGUUUAUGAAACUGAACACUUCAAUGGCGUAGCUGAACUGUUGGAAAUUUUAGGAAGUAUUAUCAAUGGUUUUGCUUUACCUCUUAAGGCAGAGCAUAAACAGUUUCUGGUGAAGGUGCUGAUUCCUUUACAUACUGUCAGGAGUUUAUCACUCUUCCAUGCACAGUUGGCAUAUUGCAUAGUACAGUUUCUGGAGAAAGACCCCUCACUCACAGAACCAGUCAUUAGAGGUUUAAUGAAAUUCUGGCCAAAAACCUGCAGUCAGAAAGAGGUCAUGUUCCUAGGGGAGUUGGAGGAAAUCUUGGAUGUGAUCGAACCUUCACAAUUUGUCAAAAUCCAGGAACCCUUGUUUAAACAAAUUGCCAAGUGUGUUUCUAGCCCUCAUUUUCAGGUGGCUGAAAGAGCACUGUAUUAUUGGAAUAAUGAAUACAUCAUGAGUUUGAUAGAGGAGAAUUCAAACGUUAUACUUCCCAUCAUGUUUUCCAGUCUUUAUAGGAUUUCUAAAGAACACUGGAAUCCGGCUAUUGUGGCUUUAGUCUACAAUGUGUUGAAGGCAUUUAUGGAAAUGAACAGCACCAUGUUUGACGAGCUGACAGCCACUUACAAGUCAGAUCGUCAGCGUGAGAAGAAGAAAGAGAAAGAGCGUGAAGAACUGUGGAAAAAACUGGAGGAUUUGGAAUUAAAGAGAGGUCUUAGACGUGAUGGAAUAAUCCCAACUUAACGAAAAAACAAAACAGCAUUAUUAACCUGUGGAGUCACACAUUUAUGUAGUAGAAGAUGGAGCAACAGUUUUCUGUAUUGUGCAACUUUACAGUAGAUUUCACAUUUGUUUCAUUAUUACAACAGCACUGUAUAUACCUGUCUCUAAGUAAAGGAAAAAAAUAAGGACUUUAAUCCAAAGUUUGGACAGCAGAUGGACUUCUCAGAACUUUGCAAACAUAAUCAUUGUUUUAACCCUUCUUUAAAACCAGUCUUCAAAGAUCUGUUGAUGAAAAUUGCGAUGUCAAAUUCCAUUGUCAGGACCUGUUCCUUAUUUAUCGUUAGCAGAGAGUAUAAUACAACUUUCAAAUGUGAACAAUCUUAAAAUUUAGCUUGUCUUUCUGCUAAACUGUUAAGUGUAUUUAUAGUAAAAGAGAAAAAAGACUGUCAUUUCCUUAUGAGUUUGUGUAACAUCCUCCUUCUCUGGAUAACUUUACUGUAAUUUGACUUUUUUUCCUUUUGCACAUCUUCAUAAGUUGAAUGUCCAUUCAAAUCAGGGCCAUGAAAAUUGUAGGUCCUGAAUAAAGUUUUGUUUACUGGUGUGAGCAUUUUUAGUACCAGACUGUCUCUGGUGCUUCUUUAAUUUGAACAUUAGGAGUUAAGAAACCAAUAGGUCAUAAACAUAGUAGGAAAGGGAGCCUUGGAUUCAUGCACCUAUUUAUUGCAAAUCCAAAUUAGUGUCCACAAUCCUUUAAAAAUGGGCAGUGGUAACACCCAAGAUUACCUAACCAGUAUUAGUGAAAUGGCAUUGGACGUGCAUACCAGAGUUGUUUUAGAAAUACUAAUUGCUAAAUUAUUAGUAUGUUUUUAUUGGACCAUUUUGAAAGAAUAAAGACAAACGCUAAACAGUGCAAGCAUGAAAUUGAUCUCCAGUGGGCAUGGAUCUAGUUGGAAAUUGAGGUGAGCGAGCAGUUUGGACUGUUUGGAGUUGUUGCCUUACUUUUUAAUAUGUAUUUAUAAAGUGUUCCAGCAAAAGAGGAUGUAGCCUCUGAGAAACAUACUAUAGUGUUUUUGUGGUUCUAGUACUAUUACUCAUCACAGCACCAGCCCUAUGGUCUUAGCUGGAAAGGAUUCUGGAUAAUAUACUUCUGCAUUCUCAUCUGGAUGCUCAUUCCUAACUACUGUAUUUGUUACCAAAAGUGGUUCUACAAAUGCUACUGAAAAAAAUUCUGGAAAUCCUAAUGUUCUGAGUAUUAAUAAUAAAGUUUAAAAUGCUUUUAUAUCAAA